CUUCUGCUUGCUGUUUGGGGUUUGCUUUAUGCAGACACAAACCCCAGGAGAUCCGCCAUCUUGCUUGCUCAUAAUAAACAACUGCUACACCUCUUCAUUAUGGCCGACGAUCAGCGUGAGACUGCCACCUCAUCACCUCCCACCACCAAUACUGACAGGAAAGAGCGAGAAGCAUCUCGUGGCGAAGGCCGCCAUAGAAGCAGGUCACCCCGCGGAGACCGAGACAGACGUGAGGACCGAUCUCGGCGUAAAGACGCUGGUUUCAAGUGGAAAGAGAAGCGCCGCGACGAUGACGAGAGUAGACGAGACCGCGAUGCGGGCUUGCAGCGAGGCUACAGAGACCAUUACCGACCACGGUCCAGGUCCAGAUCACCACCUGCGAGAAGGUCAUCUCCGAGAAGAUCAUCUCCGAGAAGAUCAUCUCCGAGAAGAGACGAGAGGGAUAGCUAUAAGGUUGAAGAUCGCAGGGACCGACCACGUGAGGACAAGGAUAGAAAAGAGAAGAAGGAGAAGAAACCUGCGCCUGCUGUGCCUACACAACCCAUGAUCAUCGUCUAUGUGAAUGACAGACUUGGAACGAAAAAGGCAAUCCCUUGUUACCCCACGGAUCCUAUCAAGGACUUCAAAGUCAUCGUGGCCUCAAUGAUCGGACGACAGCCCCACGAAAUCCUUCUCAAGAGACAAGGCGAACGGCCGUUCAAGGACCAGCUGACUCUACAAGACUAUGGAGUGAGCAACAACGUCCAGCUGGAUCUUGAGGUUGAUACCGGCGACUGA